AUGCAACCAGACAGCAAGGAUCAGCCUGUCAGCCUUUUGGAAGCUCCCACAGAAUUACUUGUGAAGAUCAUCUCUGCCCUUGACACUGAGAGUUUAUUUGUAUGCCGGAAGGUAUGCCGCCGGCUCGCCGACGUUGUCGAUGGGACUACCGAGAUCCAGUACAAGCUAAUGCUCGCGCUCAUGGGCAUGGUUGACGGACCCCCCAGCGAUGUGCCAAUUAUCGAUCGUCUAGCAGCCUUACGGGCAUACAAGAAGGUGUGGCUGCGCGCUGAGUAUCCCAUCCACCACUGCACCACCAUGCUUCGCCGUCCUGGAGAGCUCAGAGCUGGAGGCGUGUACCCCUCCGGACACGUCGACCUCUCUCGUGGCGAUAAAAGCCUGACGGAGUCUAUCUUGAGAGUUUGGAGGCCGCCUGCGCCCUUCUUCGGGCUACCCGAACGGUUUCUCGAAGUCGAUCUGGUAAAUCCGGCUCAUUCGUUGGGACCAGUACUCAUCGUCCCUGGCCAACGUUAUGCCAUUGACUUCGCACGAAAUCUACUAAUCAUGACCUCCUACAUACAAGCCGGCGACCCGCCAUUUAUAGCAUGCAACCUGAGCAAUCUCCAGGACCCCUCGGGCCCUCACCCGCUCUCGUCAAGACGUGUUUGGUACGGCCCCAUACCCAUCGUAACGUCGAGAGGUUUGAACAUCUCUGCAAAUUUGCAAUUACUCGGAGAACUGGCAUUGGCGGAGCUGCUGUACAGUGACGGGUGGAGUUGUGCGAUGAUGGUCUGGAAUUGGCAGACCGGUGUGCUCGUCUGGAGCCUCGCACUCGGGAUCGGCAAUCCAUUACAACAUGCACACCAGCUCAAAGCAUACCUCAUCUCGCCCUCUCGUGUGGUAGUGGUCGACACCGUAGCGUGCUCUAUCCGCGUCUUCCAAUUCGAUCCGUCCUGCACGGCAGACGCCAGCUAUGUACAACUGCACGACUGCCUCUUCACCCUCCUGACACCGCCUAUUCCCACCAGCCAUGAGCAGCUCGGCCGCUUGCAGCCGUACCUAACGUUCCCACCCACCGGAUACCCGGACUGCACCCCUCACUUUCAACAAGACCCUUCGCUCACGAUGUUGGUGCUUCAUAUGAGGACCGCCCUGGACAGCACACCGGACGGUCCCUUUCCCCAGCCCUCGGAGGAGUCCUUCGUGCUGUGUAUCCCGCUGUCAACACUGCUCGCUUCGUAUCCCUCGAAUGGUCCCCCUCAUGCCACGGACGAGCCCGCGCGCAGCGUGCUCUGGGAGGAGUGGGGCCCCCGUGGCUCGCGGUUGGUCAGCCUGCAUCCCCGUGCGCACGUCAUCGCGACCCUGGGCUCGCGGUGCGCCGUGGUAUUCGCCUAUCGGAGGCCCGGCACUCCCCCCACUCCCCCGCACGUCUAUAUCAUCGAGCUCUUGCCCUUUGCGCAGAGUACGAUGGCUGGAGAGCAGGUCCCGCCGCUUGCAUACGGUCCCACUGAGCACGUCGACGCCUAUGACAUGUUCGGAAAGCGGGAUUCUAGCUGCUGGGGCUCGGUGCAGACUAUGUAUCCGUUCCGGAUAACCCACCGGGAGAUCGAGGGCCCGCAAACGUUGAGCGUAGCCUGGAGAUGCGCACCGCGAUUGGCCCUUACUCACGAGGGGGUGGCGGUUAUGGUACGUCGCUUUUACCAACAUUCUCUAUGA